AUGGUCCUGCAUCACUAUUUUCGGCUCGAAGCAACAACGAUAGAAGCUCCCAAGACGAUGACCGAGGCUUCUCUCUUCCCUACCUUGCUUGCAUUCUGCCCACGGUACACUCGCCCUCUUGAGAGUAGGCAGAAUGACAAACUAGCCCAUCUCGAAUGCCAUGCUCAAUCAGGCUCUCGCUUGGCAGUUCCCAGCUCAUGUUGUUUCACCCUGGUGGAUCAGCAUUGGUCCUGGCUAAUGCAAGCUAGUCACACAUCGCUCAGUACAACAUGGGCAGGUACAUCGAGUUUCAAACGUCCCAACAGUUAUUCGCUCAAUCAUACCAUCUGUCGCUUGGUCGAGGACACAACGUCGACAUGA